AUGCGAGCUCGUAGGGUUUCCAGUGACCAGCGAAGGUCAGUGAGAAUAGGGUUUCUGCACUGACCUGCCCUCGUUCCCGUUUGCGAUUUCAUCUUUAAGAUUCUUGCGUCUGUUUGCAUUUCACUUUCUCUCUUUGCGUCCUUUCCGCGUCCGCUUCGCGUCCUUCGCACAGCACUCCCUCUGUUUGUUUGACGAGAUGGCCUUCGUCGCUCCGAUGCUCCUGUGGACGACUCACAACGUCGGCAACUUCAUUCAGAACGUCCGUGGCGAGAAGACGACGGAGAAGCAGAAGAGGGUACACGAGAAGCUCGAGAAGGAGGCGUCAGGCCUGUCUGGCAAGCUGGACGGCCACAGCAAACGCGCCUACUCGGUCGCGGCGCGGCUGGUGACAGGGGACGGGCACCUGGAGAGGUGAGCUGGGCCACACAUGGGAUGGGAUGCACUGGGGCGGGAGAGGGAAGGGGCGUGCUCACGUGGAAUGCCGUGUCUCUGUCUCUCUGAUGUGUGUCUCCAGGAUGUCUGAGGCCCGGCUGCAGCGGGCGUUGAAGUACAACAGCAUCUACCACUCGAUGGGACACGCCGUGGUGGCCAAGCGCGAGAAGAAGCUCAAGGACCCCAACUUCAAACCCGCCACCGGCGGCCUCUUCGGCGAGGUCCAGCGGGGCGCAUAGACCCACCGCCUCACACCGGAGCCACCACACACCGGUGAGACAGACCAGACCUCACGCACACACGGGGGGCGGGCGGGGGGACGAAAUGACCGCCAUGCCCACCUGUGUUAUGUCUGUGGUGCGGUGUGGUGUCAGGUGGUGCGGUUUUCGUUUCUUUCGUUUUGCCGAUCGUUUUUGACCGACCAGACCAACGUGUCCUUCAUGUGCAGCUGACUGACUGACUAACUGACUGACUCGUGUGGGCGUGUGGCUGUCUGUGUUGAUAACGACGGACGGGCGUCAGCUUUG